AUGUAUUAUUACCAAACACCUAUUAAUCAAAACGACAUACAUUCCAUCGAUGAUAACAACAAAAACCACAAAAGAAGAAAAAAUGCUAUUGUUCAGUUGGACUACUCUAAAGACUAUUCUUAUUCAAUCACAUUUCUAGUACUUGGUAUUUUCUUUUUCUUGCCACUCAUUUUUAACAUGGCCUACAUCCGUUCCCCAAAUAACAAAGCUAGAAACAUUGCUUUAGCCUCUCUUAUCCUUGCCAGUUGCCAAUUUGUUACUAUUAUUUUUGUAACAGCUGUUUUAUGUAGUACCAAUUAUUCAGACAAUAAUCAUUAUUACAAUAAUCAUUACUAUUAA